AUGCAACCUAUCAUCAAGGGAGCAGUAAGCUCCACAUUUAAACGUGCUCUAUACAAUUUCGGUAUCAAAGAAAAGAAGAGUGUCAAUAUUGAAAUGGGGAGAACGCAACAAACAAAGAAAAUCGAUCAGUCUUUGUCCAAAAAACUUCCCAAAGGUACUAUCUACGAUCCAUUUGACUUCUCUAUGGGACGAAUCCAUUUAGAUAGAAAAUAUCAGGCAAACAAGAACUCAAACAGGAACGAUAUAAUGAAGUCCGGUGCAAAUCCACUAGAAUUUUAUGCAAGACCAAGAAUACUUUCAAGAUAUGUGACCUCCACGGGAAGAAUCCAACAUAGGGAUAUCACAGGCUUAUCGGCAAAGAAUCAAAGAAGACUAUCGAAAGCCAUUAGACGGUGCCAGGCAAUAGGAUUAAUGUGA